CACCACGACAAUUAACAACUUCUUGUUCUGAAGAAUAUGGUGUGUAUGGUAGAGAUAUUGAUAAGGAGGAGAUAUUUAAGAAGUUGCAAUUAGAUAAUGCAAAUGGUGAUGAGAUAUGUGUUGUUCCUAUAGUGGGCAUGGGUGGGGUUGGUAAAACAACCCUUGCUCGGCUUGUAUAUAAUGACAACCGAGUAAAGGAGAAUUUUGAUCUCAAAGCAUGGGUUUGUGUUUCAGACACAUUUGAUGGUUCUAGAAUAGCAAAAACUAUUCUUGAAGAGAUCACUUUGUCUAACUGUGACAUUCAUAGCUUGAAUUUGUUACAAAUUAGAAUAAGAGAGAGCUUAAAGGGAAAGAAGUUUCUCCUUGUUUUAGAUGAUGUUUGGAAUGAGGAAUAUAUUGCUUGGGAUAAGUUAGUUACAAUGCUUAGAUGUGGGGCAAAAGAGAUCAAAAUCAUUAUUACAACACGUAGUGAAAAUGUUGCGACAAUUGUGCAGCCUAUUUCAAUUCAUCAUCUAAUGCAAUUGUCUGAUGAAGAAUGCUGGUUGUUAUUUGCAAAGCAUGCAUUUAAGAAUGGAGAAUUGAAUUUAGAUAAAGAACUAGUUGGUAGAAAAAUUGUUUGUAAGUGUAAAGGUUUGCCUUUAGCUGCAAAAGCAGUUGGGGGUAUGUUGCAAUCUAAACAAGACCUAAGAGAGUGGAAUCAUAUUUUGGAGAGUGAUAUAUGGGAUCUACCAGGAGGUGAAAGUAGUAUCCUUCCAGCUCUAAGAUUGAGCUACAACUACCUCCCAUCACAUUUGAAACGAUGCUUUACUUAUUGCUCAAUCUUUCCAAAGGAUUUUGAAUUUUCAAAGGAGGAGUUAGUCUUGUUGUGGAUGGCAGAAGAUUUAUUGUUGAAACCCAAGGGAAAUGGAAGCAUGGAAGAAAUAGGUGAACAAUACUUUGAUGAGCUAAUAUCGAGAUCAUUUUUUCAACGAUCAAAUAAUGAUGAACUAUGUUUCAUAAUGCAUGACCUUUUUAAUGACUUAGCAAAAUUUAUAUCUGGAGAAUUUUGUUUUAGGUUGGAGAUUGAUAACUCACUUGAAAUUACAAAAAAGAUGCGUCAUUUGUCAUAUUUUCCAACUAAAUUUGUUGUCCCUAAGAAAUUUAAGGAGUCUUAUGAAGCUAAGAAUUUGCGAACAUUCUUGGGACUAAAAUCGCCAUCUACGUCAAAUUUCAGGAUUAAUUUUAUAUCAACAAUGGAGAUAAAUGAUUUGUUAUGCACAUUUAAGUGUUUACGAGUAUUAUCAUUGUCUCUCUACAUAUUAAUAAAUGUGUUGCCCGAUUCUGUUGGAAAUUUGAAACACCUUCGCUAUUUGAAUCUUAAUGGCACCUUUAUCAAAGGCUUGCCUGAUUCUGUGUGUGGUUUGUAUAAUUUGCAAACCUUGUUAUUGAGGAAUUGUUGUUCCCUCGUAGAGUUGCCAACCAACAUGGGAAGACUCGUAAACUUACGUCACCUAGAUAUAAGAGGGACCCCUUUGAAAGGGAUGCCAAUGCACAUGGGUAAAUUAAGAAGUCUUCAAAAUUUAAGUGCUCUUUGUGUGGGAAAAGAAAAACAUGGUGGGAGUAGCAUUAAAGAGUUAGGAGAGCUUCCACAUCUUUCUGGAUCAUUGUGUAUAUCAAACUUGGAAAACGUUUAUCAAACAAGAGAUGCAAAGGAGGUUAAUUUGAAGGAUAAGAAGGGCUUGUCAGAGUUGAAGUUGAAAUGGGGAAGCGGUCAUGAGAACUAUGAUUCAGGACAAGAAAGAGAAGUGCUUGAGCAGUUGUGUCCUCAUACGAACUUGAAAUCUCUCUCCAUCAUAUCUUAUUAUGGGGCAGAAUAUCCAAGUUGGUUAGGAGCAUGUUCAUUCUCUAAUAUGGUGUCCCUAAAGCUUGACGAUUGUAGAUACUGUUCCUCCUUGCCUCCACUUGGGCAGCUCUCAAUUGAAGGUUUGGGCAGAGUAUCAUGUGUGGAUAGUGAGUUCUACGGGGAUGGCUCUUGGGCAACUAAUAAGCCAUUCAAAUCCCUAGAAAAAUUAACAUUUAAAUGGAUGCCAGAGUGGAAGGAAUGGUUUAUAUUUGAAGGCGGAGUUUUCCCAACCCUCCGAGAGCUUCGCAUUAUCGGAUGUCCAAAGCUUACAGGAAAUCUGCCCAGUUUACUUCCUUCUUUAAGUGUAAUUGAAAUUAGAUAUUGUCCCCAGCUCGUUGCUUCACUUCCUAGUCCUUCGGCUCUUCAUGAAUUGACCUUGAUUGUAUAUACUUUGGAUAAGGAUUUAGUGGCGUUGAAUGAAUUAUCACCUAAGCUGCAAAGUCUCGCAGUUGGAGGUUGCCAUGCGUCUCUCCCCGAAGGUGGUCUACCCACUACUUUAAAAACACUCCAAAUCAAUGGAGUGCUUCAGUUGCCAGGGGGCCGUCACUAUCCAUCAGUUGAGAGCUUGAACGUAGAGAGAGGUCCUGGUUCACUUUGGUCUUUACCAUUAGAGUUUUUCCCAAAACUCAAAUCUGUCGAAAUUAGGUAUUCUGAUAAUCUUGAAUCUCUUUCGGCAUCAGAUAAAUCUCUAUUGGAUCUAACUUCUCUCACUAAAUUGACCAUCCAUUCCUGCCCUAAUUUUGUAUCCUUUCCCAUCGGGGGACUGUGCGCCCCAAAUUUGACACAGAUUUCUAUUGCUGGCUGUAAAAAGUUGAAGUCACUUGCUGAAGGUAUGCACACCCUCCUCCCAUCUCUUAUCCAGAGGAGGCGUUGUUGCCUUCUUCUCUUAUCCGCCUCGACAUUUCUUUUCCACAUCUGACAUCACUCAAUGGCAAGGGAUUUCAACACCUUACCUUGCUUAAACAGUUGGAGAUUUUGAACUGCGAUAACCUCCAGCGCUUACCAGAAGAGUGCUUUCCCGUCUCCCUUUCUAUUCUAGAUAUUUAUAAGUGCCCUUUGCUAAAAAAGCGGUAUCGGAGAAAGAAUGGAAAAGAAUGGCGCAAAAUUUCUCAUAUCCCCAUCAUAAGGAUUGACCGUGAAGUAAUCACAUAAGGUUUUCAGACACAAAAUGUGUGAAUGUUGAGGCCUCAGACAAUAGUAUACAAAAACAAAAUGAUGCCUCAUAGCUCCAAUUUUAGCUUCUCGAUUUGACUGAAAACAUAGCUUUUAUGAAUUUAUAGAUAUCAAUUGUGACCCACGCCCCUGUUUUAUAGUCAGGACUGGAUGAGGAAUGGUGCGACAAUCACUUUCUGCCUUGAGCUCAAGUACAUGUUAUCUAGAGAGAUGGGCUGCGACACUGAGGAUUGAUGAGUAGUCUCCUUUGUUGAAGGAACAGUGCUGCGAUGAGAAGAGGGGAAAAGAAUGGAGCAAGAUUGCUCACUUCACCAUCAUAUUAAUCGAUGAUGAUCAUAUGAAACUGAAAGUGUAGACAAAGUCCUCAUCACUUGUUUUCUUCAUUCACAUGCAGCAACAUAAUAUUACAGUUUGAAAUAGCAAUUUAUUGACCAGUCCUGGGAAGAGGCAUUAAUGUGGUCCAUUGCAGAAUAAGCUUGUUCAUUAUUUAGACAAUUAUUUAACUUGGCACCCUGGGAAUUUCAAAUGAUUGAUGCUGACUACCAGCAAUUGCUGUUUGACUUUUAUAAUGUUCAUGGGAUUAGAAUGAGGAGGUAGGGAUGGCUAUAUUUCUAGGAGCGAACUCCAGGGUGCCCGCAGCCAGCCUACCCAACCUCCCUCUGCACGGACCACACCCAAUACUUCCUUUGCAGGUUGGCCUUGACGGCUUGUGUUUACUUUUUUUCCAGACAAGACUCCCAAGAGCAAUGGCAAGAAUGACCACAGGUGGUCCUCAUUUUUAGCACUGAAAUUUGAUUAAAAGAACAUGUCCUCCAAGCUAAUCGAGACUUGUUGUUUGCUUGGUGAGAGAAGUAAGGUUAGAAAAUUCAGGAGAAAAGGUAUUGUUAAAGGAGUACUAACAGUGGCAGCACUCCAAACUAACCAGGAAAUCUGCCCAGUUUACUUCCUUCUUUAAGUGUUAUUGAAAUUAGAUAUUGUCCCCAGCUUGUUGCUUCACUUCCUAGUCCUUCGGCUCUUCAUGAAUUGGCCUUGAUGAAUUGUCCAGAACUGGAAUCAUUUCCUGAAGGGGGUUUGCCCUCCAAUUUACAAAUGCUUGAAAUCGUGUCGUGCGAGAAACUCUUUCUCAGAGUCUUCACUCUCUCAGAGAAAUUAUAAUUCGGUAUUACGGCAGAGAAGUGGGUUCCUUUCCGGAGGAGGCGUUGUUGCCCCCUUCUCUUAUCCGCCUCGACAUUUCAUUUCCACAUCUGACAUCACUCAAUGGCAUGGGAUUUCAACACCAAUUGGCACACUCAUGUCAUUACCAGCAAUUAUUAAUAUUCUUUUUAAAGCUAGAGAUGCUCUGUGGUUGUUAGGUUUUCAGACACAAAAUGUGUGAAUGUUGAGGCCUCAGACAAUAGUAUACAAAACCAAGUAAGCCUCCUGCAAUCAAAACUUCCAGAUUGCUAAAUUACAUCCGAUGAGCUGCAAUGACAUCUGUCCUGUUAGCAUGUUCUGUUUACUUCAUAUUUGGACUGUAUAUACAGUGGUGUAAUGUUGUGAAAUGCAGAAUGAUGCCUCAUAGUCCAAUUUCAGCUUUUCGAUUUGACUGAAAACAUAGCUUUUAUGAAUUUAUAGAUAUCAAUUGUGACCCACGCCCCUGUUUUAUAGUCAGGACUGGCUGAGGAAUGGUGCGACAAUCACUUUCUACCUUGAGCUCAAGUACUUGUUAUCUAGAGAGAUGGGCUGCGACACUGAGGAUUGAUGAGUAGUCUCCUUUGUUGAAGGAACAGUGCUGCGAUGAGAAGAGGGGAAAAGAAUGGAGCAAGAUUGCUCACUUCACCAUCAUAUUAAUCGAUGAUGAUCAUAUGAAACUGAAAGUGUAGACAAAGUCCUCAUCACCUGUUUUCUUCAUUCACAUGCAGCAACAUAAUAUUACAGUUUGAAAUAGCAAUUUAUUGACCAGUCCUAGGAAGAGGCAUUAAUGUGGUCCAUUGCAGAAUAAGCUUGUUCAUUAUUUAGACAAUUAUUUAACUUGGCACCCUGGGAAUUUCAAAUGAUUAAUACUGACUACCAGCAAUUGCUGUUUGACUUUUAUAAUGUUCAUGGGAUUAGCAUGAGGAGGUAGGGAUGGCUAUAUUUCUAGGAGCGAAUUGCAGGCAAAUCUUAAGUUCAUGGAUACAUGUUAUGCCUUGGAAUGAAAGACAAUUCCAAAUCUGCUUUGAUUUUUGGUGCCUGCAGCCAGCCUACCCAACCUCCCUCUGCACGGACCACACCCAAUACUUCCUCUGCAGGUUGGCCUUGAGGGCUUGUGUUUACUUUUUUUCCAGACAAGACUUCCAAGAGCAAUGGCAAGAAUGACCACAGGUGGUCCUCAUUUUUAGCACUGAAAUUUGAUUAAAAGAACAUGUCCUCCAAGCUAAUCAAGACUUGUUGUUUGCUUGGUGAGAGAAGUAAGGUUAGGAAAUUCAGGAGAAAAGGUAUUGUUAAUGGAGUACUAACAGUGGCAGCACUCCAAACUAACCAGAACUGUGGCCAAACUCUGAUCCAAGUUUCCUCAACAAUUUUGUAGCUUUUGACAAUGAUCUUAUUGACUCAUUAUUCCAGUGCCACCUAAGGCUCCGCCAAGUCCAUUACUGACAUGGUAUGAUCCGAAUGCUCGACGCAAAUACCAUAUUCAAGGAAGGGGACAUUGGACUUAUGGUUGCUAUUACCUUAAAUAUAAGAUUCUGGACCUCAUCGACCAAGACCUCUCGAGUCCGUAUGCUAGUCUCAUCAGUCGUCUGGAAAGAGGGGAUGCAUAUAGUUGCUGCAAGACCACUCACACAGUACCAAAGACUAUGACAUGGUCGAUAUUGAGAGCUAUGGCUAGUUAACCCUAUCUCCAAUACAUUCUACCAUUCACAAAACUGUAGGCUUGCUACAUCAAAUGAAUGUUAUAGUCAGACCCACUACAUGCGAGGAGUAUAAUGCUGUUACGCAACCAAGUUGUUUAUCAAAUACAGAAUUUCAUCUUACAGCCAGAUGCAACAAACUCAUUGUGAUGGGCUCGCAAAGGCUUUAUUUGACAUUUUGAAAUUGGUGGCGGACGUGAAGAUGAGAAGUUAUCUCUUGGGAACAUAGUGCUAUUUUUUGGUUUUUCGCUUCAACUCUAGAUGGCCCAAACGACUCAGCACUCUUGAUGUAGUUGCUGUCCUCACUAGCAGAAGCUUCCCAAUUCCCUUUUGUACCUCAAGAACUUUAUAUUGUCCUAUGCCGAUGCCAUGGUGCCUGAAAUAGAGAAAGAUGGAAAAUCUGGCUACUACCACAAAAAUGCUCAAGUCCUGUUCCUUGAAGGAUCAAAGUCAAUCUUGAGGCUCUCCUAUAUCAGUACUAGACUAAUAGGUUUUCCCCCAACAAGAAGGUGCUUUGUGGUUGUCAGCUUUGUUCAAUUAAUUAUGUUUCUUUGUAUAAGAUUUUGACUUCCAACCAAUGAUUAUUUUUAAAAUAUUUGCAAACUCUUUCACAGGUUUCAGACAUAAAAUGUGGAACAUAUUUGCAGCUUCUAACAACAGUAUAAUAGGCAAUUGCUCCACAUGAUUCAAUUUACUCACCUAAUCCAAAAAUAUCCCUUGAUGCUAUCAUGUAUUCAACUUAUUUCUAGUACUAAUUAAGUUCCAUAUGUUAUGGUAUCUAUAUUGUGCUCA